AUGGCGCCGACGCCAGAGCCCACUCCCAGGACGUGGAGGGUCCGAUGGAGCCAGACCUUUCACAAAGCAGUAAGGAGGACAGGCAUAUUACUAAAAGAGUAUUUGAAACAAAUGCUCCAGGACCUGAGGACCACCAUCAGAGAAGAUUUCACUACUAUCACGUCUAAUAUUCACCAAGAAAUCUCAGAACUGGGGGACCGUACAGACCACCUAGAAAAGAAAACAGAGGAACUAUGCAUGGCCCACAACACAGUGAUGGACAGACUCCAUACCUUGGAGGAAGACAACGCCAAACUGUGGCACAAACUAGCCCACAUGGAGGACACGUCACGGCGAAAUAAUUUGACAUUCAGGGGCAUAACAGAAUCCAUACCAAAAGAAAAAAUCGCAUCCUACAUCAUACCAUGUGUGCAACAUUGGUCCCUAAUCUAA